AUGAGCCCAUCAAUACAAAUGUCCUCGUUGGCCAACAACCUGAAAACCAAUUUUUUCAUGCCAAUUUCCCAUAUUUAUGACCCGAUCCAGACGUCUAACAGCAGCGCCUUCGAUAGCGGUCCGUUUGAUUUUGUCGAAGCCACCAAUGGCGACGACUACUCCAAUUCGAUCCCUCUAUGCCCCUCAGUGAUGGGUAUCCCCUGGCCCAGUAAGCUUCCUGGCUGCCGUCAAUGCAAGCACUGGGAAACGGCAGAACGCAUGACGAAAGAGCUUCUCUAUGCUAUCUACAAAAAAGCACCACAGGAUGACGGCAAGCUCCCCGUGGAUUUACAGGAAACUUCCACCGAUAAACGAUCACAAAAAGAGAAAGAACUCAUCGCCACCGCUGUCAAAUCGACGGUUUACAUGUUCCCCGAUGCCAGUCCGGUGAGAGCUGGAAUGAUAGCGCAGUCUAUGCUGCUUAUCUUCUUGCACGAUGGUAAGGCUCUACAAUCACAGAUGCAAUCAUGGCUCCCUGGAUUGGCCCCCAAGGAUAACAGGGUGCAGCACCCUCUUCACGGCUUCUUGAAAGCUAUAAUCGACGAAGAACCCAUCCUAGGGAAAGGCCUCCUCACCGGCGCGUUCGCAUGGAUCAAACACACAAAGGGCUACCAAUCAAUCCCACCUACCGUUUUUGAUUCCCUGCGGAAUUAUCUGGAUUAUCGAUCUUUGGAUAUCGGGCGCGAGUUACUCCUCUCCCAAGCUGCAUUUGCAAGCAACGCCCACCUCUCCGAACCGGAAAUGAAAGUCUUCGAUAGACUCAUCGGUCUCUACUCCGACCACAUCUCUCUAACCAACGACCUGUACUCGUUCGACAAGGAAUACGGCGAUCAUUGCAGGACGGGUGCGGUCCUCAUCAAUGCGGUUGAUGUCGUGCGGAAUGUCCAUCGGGUUUCCAGGCCCAUCGCGAAGCAGCUCGUUCGCGAAUCCAUUCUCGAUAUGGAAACUGAUUUCUCCAAAGAAUUCAAAAGACUGAAGGUGUCUGGAGAGUUGUCUGAUCGACAGCAACGGUUUGUAGAGGCGUUGGCCUUAUGUCUCGUUGGACAUAUCUUUUACUCAGCCACAUCGGGUCGAUAUGGGGGUGCUAAUGCUGCCCUUGAAAGCUUGUCGGAUACAGUUUAG